ACUUUCCAUGUUUUUGUUUGGCUUUUAAACGUGGUUUUACGCUUAGUUUUUUUAGCUGUUUUUCCUAUUGGUUACAUAGUUCAGAAAAUUUUAUCAUUCAUACUUUUUAAAUCAAAUGUGAAGUAAUUGCUUUUUCAACACUAUCUUUCUCGAUAGAGAGAAAAAAGACGGUUUGAUAAAGUCUGAUUUCCAUCAUCAGCUCAUUUCACUGCCUGACAUUAGUCUUGACAUCUCCUAACUUCUUUAAGACAGGAAAAAUAUCAGGAAAAACAUCAGGAAAAAUAUCAGGCUCUAGUAGUCUUUAGAAAAAAUUGAAUUGGUAAUUACGACUAAACAGUCAGCAAUUCUAAUUACGACCAGCUAGAAGUUACGUGAAUCCGUAUUGGCGAUGUCUAGCGAACUCAAUCCAACGGUACCUCCUUUCACAACAGAGCAGCCGAAAAUGACAGAUGAGCCGACAGACUACUCGGCCGACAAUGACGUGAAAGAAAUAGCGGAAAUGGUUUUCUGGGCGGUCCUCUACUCGGCUGUCGUUUUCAUGGGCUUCUUCGGAAAUGUUAUCGUGAUCUGGGUAGUUGGUAUGCACGCUAGUAUGCACAACGUGACUAACUACUUCUUGGUGAACCUCUCCAUCAGUGACGUAAUGUACACAACCCUCAAUAUCCCCUGGUACUUUGUGUCCAAUCUCUCCGGCGAGUGGCUGUUCGGAACUGGAAGCAAAUUCUGCAAGAUAGUCCGCCUUGUAGCCCCUCUGUCAGCUGCAGCCUCCACCUUCAGCAUGACUGCAAUCAGCAUUGACAGGUACUGUGCAAUUGUGAAUCCCCUGUCGCAUCAGCUGACCCACAGCAAAGCAUGGGCGGGCAUAGUGGCCAUCUGGACCCUGUCUGUGGCCACGGCCUAUCCCCAAUUCCACUUCUCAGAGACAGUCCAGAUAGAGCCCAACUCCACAGCUGUGCAGUGUCUUAUGAUAUUCCCAGACGGGCUAUUCGGAACAUACUUCCUCGUCACCAAGAUUUUGCAGUCUGUGAUCUACUUGGUGAUUCCUGGACUCAUAAUUUCGUCUGCCUACACAGCGGUGGCCAGGGAGCUCUGGCAGUCCAACUCAAUAGGAGAGACCCAGAACCAACGCCAGAUAGACUCCAAGAGAAGGAUAGUGAAGAUGAUGAUCACGAUAGCGGCCGUGUUCAACCUGAGUAUGAUUCCGAUGCACGCAGUGUUGAUUGGGAUCGGACUGGACCAGAGUGUGUUGGAGAGAUACCACGUGGCCAUCAAACGCACCUGGAUGCUGGUCACUCUCCUCGCUAACUCCAACACUGUCUACAACCCAAUCAUAUACUGCUACAUGAACAGCAGAUUUCGCCGAGGUUUCAUCAACUUCUUCCGGGCACUGGUGUGCAAACGACGUCUUGAAAUUGACAGUGUACGAGCGACAGGCGGCAAUUCGGGUCACGAUAUGGGCCGAAGAUCACGUGGAGGUCACGGGGCAUCGGUACCCAAGAACAGCGGGACAUCAUCAAGCGCCGCUGCGGUGUCACGGGGAGCCACUGUGUUGUCGAACUCCUGUUACGAACACUCCUCGACAGGUCCCCUCCGAUCUAUGGCAAAGUCAUCGGCAGCAACCAAUGCUUCUGAAGCCCCGGUAUCUUCGGCAACCCAUAGGUUCAAGAACUCCUCUUCCCUCACUGUCGAUGCUUGUUACUCGUCCACGAAAACGUCCAAGUGCUAAGUCGCUCCUCAAUUUAUGCAUAUCUGCACGCUUUUGUUUGGAAUUUUUAAUUACUACUACUUUCAAAUCAUUUUGUUAAAUGUAUAUAUAUUUUCAAAUUGAAAGAAAAAAAAAUUAAAAACGAUGAAUUACCUUCAAUAGCCAAAAAGACACAAUUUAAUUGCCAUAUUUCA